GUCCCUCAUUUCAGUAGACCACUGGAUCCUGAGGCCCAGAACGGGGGCCCAAGGCCCGCCCCACUUUGCCAGCCCCGCCACGAAAACCAUUGAUUCAGUUUAUAUACUUGAAGGCGGCAAAUUGAUUUGAGCCAUCACAGCGUCCAUCAGAAUUCUUGAGCAAGUAAAGGCUGAGUUCAUUUGCGUCCACGAUUUUGAUUGAUGGAUGGUGCUUCAGAUUCUUCCUUUCCGGUGCCCCACAAGAAGCUCUCGCUUGAUAUCAAGGGACACAAAACGGAUAUAGUCAUUUGUAGCUAUGAUGACCAUUUUCUUGUUAUCGCAACUCAAAUUGGGAGUAUGGGCACAAUACUCCAUGCCAGGAAGGAGGAAGGAAUGUUAGUCCAACCAACAUUCAAUGUCUCUGUUGUAUUUGGAAAACGAGACGAGCCGAUGCUUGUGGCGUGUGCUCGUCAGCUGAUUGAAUAUAUAAGCUCUGGCUCUUCCAAAUCAUUAUUGCUCUCCCUUGGUCUAAAGGACCAUUCCAUGGAGAUGCUCAAAGGCAUUGUCCGGGCUGUUACUGACAAUCGGCUCUGGUGACUUGAAGCUGGGGAAAUGUGUCCUAACAGUUCUGGUACGUGACCCUGAAAUCUCCUUUGGGCAGGGGACCCUCAUAUAGAAGGAAUGGAUUCCCUUUCCCAUCUUGUUGCCCGUGCAUCAUCUAGUACUAGUAGCAAUUGUCUUGAACUCGUCUUCAUCUUAUAUCCAACUAAGUUCUGAUUGUCUAGUGAAUUUAGAGUUCAUAUUAAUGUGAUUUGAGACAUGCCCUUAGGGGCAGACAUCCAUGUUAGCAUAUUA